AGACGCCACAAUUACUCCACCACUCUCCCCUCCGCCCUCCGGCACAUAGGUGGCGCUCGCCCAGAGUACCAACACAUUAACCACUCAACCCUCUAUAUAAACCAUCCAAGUUUAUACCCACCAUCCUGAUCUUCUUUCAAUCUUCUCCUGAUCCUUCUUAUGCAAGACUGAUUUCGUUUAUAGAGUCGUCUGCUAAGGAGUCAAGGCACGCAAGUGGCGGGUUUUUCAAAGUUAUUUCGGAAGUUGGUGGCGGGUGCGUGCGUGAUGGCAGAGGCGGUGGGCGUGACGACGGGUGAUGGUGGGCGUGGUGUGACGACGGGUGACGGUGGGCGUGGCGUGGGUGCGGCCACGCCCCUGGUGCUUCACAGCAGUCUCCAGCAGGCCUCCUUCACCGAGUAUCUGGGAAGCGGCUUCAAGAUCAGAGUAAGUGACAAAACAGGUGUGGGGAGUGUGAUCCUGCCUCGGUGUGGCGUGGCUGCCCUAGUGGUGCAGAUGCCUCGCCUCCCCAACACUGCCUCUGGGGACCUCCAGGGAGACUCAGGGGCCGGACACGUGGACACGGCCUCCGAGACAUUAGACCAGCUGAUUGACAGAGUGAGGUCGUUCAUGCGGGGUCACCGCGUGACGGUGGUGGUGGUCGUGGGGGCGGUGUUCGGGGAGGAGGAAGUGGGUGGUGUUUUAGGCCAGCUGCAGCUGAGACUCCUGCCCCGCCCGCCCCUCAUCCUGCCCGCCCACGGCCACGCCCAGGCAGCAGCCCACAUCCAGGUCUUAGCCAAGGCGACGCUGGAGGAGCGGCGGCAGGUGGUGGAGGCGAGGAUGGGCAGGAUGGUGGAGGCGGCCAUCACCAGGGAACACACCCACGUCAUGGGCCAAGUCAUCGGUCUCAACUUCCACCAGAUGUCGAGGCUGGUGGAGAGGUUCGGGUCGCUGGGCGGUGUGGUGAAGGCCUCGGCACAGGAGAUCCAGCGGGGCGCGGACCUCGACCCUAAGACUGCUGCAGCCAUUCUUGCCUUCCUCACCAGGGAUACCGUCACCGUGUAGUCGCUCAUCUGACUCUGCACCCGGCCUUGAAAAAAAUAUAACUGGGAAUAUACCACAUAGGUACUAAUUCAUAAGCAAGAUAUUGACUAUAAACAAUAAGUCAUAUAUGUGCUGUCUUGUUGGAGAGCGGGUUGGCACCCGAUGCUCUCAUCAUUUACGCCCCUCACUUCAUCACCAUUCACGGCAGACAUCUCAAAUUCAAAUUCGAAAUCUGUCAUGCAGCUGGAGACCUGUGUACAGCGGUUAUGUUUGUUUAUUUAUUUAUUUAUUUAUUUAUUUAUUUAUUUAUUUAUAUACAAGAAGGUACAUUGGGGGUUAAGAGAGUGUUUAAUUAAGAGAAAAUAUACAUGAAUGAUUCCCCCAUCACUGUUACUAGUAGCAAGCAACGGAGAACUAUUUAUCACCACUUCAAAAUUUGUUUUAGUUUAUGAAGCUAUGAGUGUUUAUGAAUUAUUAUAUUUCAUUAUAAUAUGACGUAUUUACCGCUAAUUCCUUCACAAUUUUGCCUGUCUGAUGUUCUAUCAAUCUUCACAAACGUUUCGUAUUUAUCUUACAUUAUAAUUGUGUAUGUCAUUCUGAUUCACAUGUAAAUGCAUUUUCUAUAGUUUAUUAGACAAAAUGGUAAUUUUUGUUUUAUGUAUUGUAUAACACAUUGUUCCAAUGUGAUUUUUGUGACUAUUUAUCUCAAACUUAUACACUGUUUUGUAUUCUCACCAGUUUGUAAACAAGGAAGGCGAAAAUAAUGUAUGUUUUAGGUCAUAUAAAUACAUUGACAUACAUUAGACAGAUCAAUUAGUUUUCUUUAUGGUACAUACAGCUUGUGUGAGGUUUUCUAAUCCCGACGACUGAUAGAACUAGUUUUACUUAUCAAUGUAAUGCCUCGUUGUUUAAAAUAAUUACCGGUAAAUGUAGUGAGUAAAUAGGCAAUUCUAAAUUGUAAUUAACAACGUUUGCACAUCGCCAGCUUUCACAGUAGAACAGCAAGAAAACCGGCAACGAACUGAGAGACACACUAAAUGUAGCUGAGAAACACAGAUCAAUGCAAAAGUUCAAAGCUAAAGCUAAGGAGACGGCAGGUGAUCACGGUAGAGGAGAAGACGCAGUCCUUCACUCAUGUAUAUAAGAUUACUUCCAAUAUAAACAGUCACUAUUGACAGCGGCACAUAAAUUUAAUCCAAAAUCAUAGAGGAACCGCCGAUAAACUGUCUACCACUGAAACUCCUAUCAGAAUAUCUCUGGACUAAUGCAAAUGCCUCUGUUCACCUAGCAGUGAGUAGAUACUCAGGAGUUGAUCAGUUUGUUGUUGGGCUGCAUCCUGGGCGCUGUGUGUAAUUCGGCCUUGAGGGGGGGAGGGCUCAAAAGCCCCUGCCAUAAUGAAUUACAGUAUUGUAAAUAUGUUAAUGUCACCCUCUCUGGACAAGAGAAAGUCCCUCUAGAUU